AUGUUUGAUAAAACUAUUGAUGAUAUGGAUGAGAAUCAUAAUGAAUUGGAACAGCGUUUACAUUCAGAUUUAAACCAAACAAAACAAUCACAACAUAUCGAACAGUUACCAUCGACUACACAUAAGAAUAUUGAUUCAAAUGUACAACGAACUCUUUUAAUAAGCAAACAAUUAACACCAUAUCCAACAAAACCUCAAUCAAAAGUAACAAUUUUGGGUACAGAUCGAACUACAUUUAUAUGUGCAUUGACUAUGGCUCUAAGGCGACAUGUCAAUGAAAUUGUUGUAUUCGAUCAAUGUUAUAAUCGACAGAUGAAAAUGUUCUUUUACGAUCUUGCUUGUGCUUUUCAACUUUGUCCUAUUUCUCGUUCAGUAAAUCUUAUAUAUACAUCUGAUAUUGCAUAUACAUACCGAUCGGAUGUUGUUCUUAUCACAGAAAUGCACAAUAAUAAGAUAAAUAUUGAACAACAUGAUGAAACAUUAUCAUUAAAACAAAAAGCUCAAGAAUUAAUCAAUAGUCUUAAUGGUAAUCCAUCAAUUGUUCUACGUCUUCUUAUGACUAGUCCAAAUGCUGUCUUUUUGAUAGUUAGGUCUUGCGUCUCUCCAUAUGAUUACAACGCAUUAGUUGUUAAAUCAUUAGCCGGUAAUCAUUGUCAUGCUGGACAAGUAUGUGGAUUGAGUUCAGAUAUCUACAACCAUCGAUUACGUUAUGCUAUUAGCGAAUUACUCGAUAUACCAAGUAAAAAUAUAACUGGUUUUACAUUGGAAAAUCCUGAUAAAUCAAUAGAACCAUAUUGGCCUAGUAUUACUAUAAAUGGUCAAAGUCUAAAGUUGGCUAAAGAUAAUAACAGAGAAAUAGAAGAAAAUUUUAUCAAUCAACCAAUGAGUAAUAAUGCACCACAAAAUAAAUAUCAACCAAUAAAAUUAAAUAUAAUUAAGAAUGAUGCAAUAGUGAACAAACCUAAGUAUUUAAUACUAUUUUUCUUUUUCAUAUGA